AUGCAUCCAGCAACUGCACCGUAUAUUUUGCGUUCCAUUUACAAGGAUGAACACAUUGCGGACACUCAUCUCGCCCGCCCGCUAACGGAUCUUGUCACCACUGCAUUUGGUGCACACUUUACGAAUCGCUAUGAUAGAGUUCUCUGUCAGUUAGCCAAAGGGGCAUAUGUUUUAUUCGCACUCGUGCGGGGUCAGACACUCGGAGAAGAAUUCUGUGAUCUGCUCCCUGUUACGGGAAGUCGUCCCCCACAAGUGCUAGGCAUAAGAAGAAAGGUAUUGCUAGCUGUACUGCUCGCACUGGAGCCAUUACUCCUCUUUCGGUUUGCUGUGAAAGUGUUUCCUUCCGUUCAGCCCCAUGAUGUCAUUUCUAACAUCAGUAAAUGCGUGAUGAUGCUGCUUUUCAUCUUUGAGACAUAUGGAACACUUACCCACCGUUUGCUUGGUGUACGCUACUUAAGUCUUAUACCCUCACGAACACUCAAAAACGAUGAUGGUGCCCCUCGCAAGUACCUCGUGCUUGGUAUUGUGAUGUUACUAGAAUUAAUUAUUCGACUGUGGAGGUUUUUGGAGGAACGACGAUUAGCUCAGCGGCAAGAUGCACAGAAUCGCAUUGGGAAAAAUGCGGGAGAUGGUAUAGAUAACAGUAUGGAUGAUGAUGAUGAUAGCGAUGCGGAGGAGAAUGGAAGGGCUGCAUUGGGUAAAUGCAUGUUGUGUUUGAGCAACCGAAAACAGCCAACGGCGACGCUUUGUGGACAUAUUUUUUGUUGGAAGUGCUUGUCAGAGUGGAUUAAGUCUAACUCCCAGGGUGCGAUAUGUCCUUUUUGUCGGAGGCGAAUCACUGUUCAAUCAUCAGUGCCGCUCUAUUUUUAUGUGGCCAAGGAAGCGCCAACAGUGGGUGGUGGGGUGCAGGAUGAUGCAUCAGCGUAA